AGUAGGAUAAGCUCGAUUAGCCAAUAGGUGUACUUGCAAUUGAAUGACAGUAUUUAUAGGGUCAAUUAAGAGUCGCGUCUGAACAUGGGGCCCAACCACGCAGUGGCGCGAAAGUUAUGAUAUUGAAGCCCAUCCGAAUUCACGGGUGCGUAAUGUUCGAUUUGUCGGAAGUGCAUCUUGUAUAAAAAUAUGAUAAGCAACAAUAGAUGCGGCACUGAGACGUGAAAGAAGAAGAGCUUAGAUGUCGCCAUUGAUGUGGGUUUUAACUGGAACAUUGUCAUUACCAACGACGGCUUAGCCAGAGCAGCUGCGUGGUUUAACUGUUAAAGACGUCAGAAUUUCUAACAAUUUUCCCUACGUAUGAGCGGAGCAUACAUUGAGACUACUGUGUUCAGCAGAAGUGACAGCAUAUACAUUGUCCAAAAGUGUUGUUGAUCUUGGCGAUGAGUUCGGUUAUCCGGAAAUUAGAGAAAGCCUGUCAGAAUGCCCGCGAGCGCAGAAAUCGUCGCGAGCUUGCCAACGUUUUGGAAGAGUUGGCGUGCGAACUUGCCGAGGACCGUCAAUGGCAGCGGGUUGUUGAAGUCCGAUCGGAGCUCCUUGAAAUCUUACGUAGCUCUGCUGGACAGAAACUCGAGUUAGCACGAUGUCACCGGUUUAUUGGUGAAGCAUAUCUUGAGUUACGUGAUAUAGAUACUUCGCUGCGAAAUGUUCGAUCAUACCUCAAACUCGUGCAAGAAACCAGUGAUUUAGAGAAACAACGGGCCUACACAACUCUCGGUAGAGUUUACGCCGCCAAAUAUGACAUCGAGGGAACACCAGAUUCCCUUCACAAGGCGAUCCAGUUCUACAAUUCGGCCCUUUUGCUGGCCUUACAGUUUGAAAAGGAUAAGCUGCUUGAUGUAGAGGAAGCCCGCCUAAUGCGUGGCAGAUUGCUUUAUAAUCUUGCUCUGACGUCACAGAGAACACGUAAUGAUAAAGGUUCAAUCAAGUAUCUUGAGCGUGCCAUCUACACGUUGCGACAGUUGUCUGGGACAAAGUUGGACAAAGAAUCAAAGUCAGAUUUGUAUAAUACGCUUUGUGAGUUGUCGGAAGCACGAGGGCAUAUACAGGAUUUCACAGGGGCGGCCGAGGCAGCGAAAGCGGCUUUGGCUAUUGGUCGAGAAACAAAGAAUUCGGCUAGGCGCGGUGAGGCGUAUAUGUUGCUAGGGGUAGCCUUUAUGGUGGGGUCUCAAUGGAAGGAUGCCCGUCAGGCCCUGAACCAUGCUCGAGUUUAUGCAAAAAAUAUGGAUGAACCUAAAAGAAACAGCUUAAUAAAAUAUCUGAAAUGUGCUAUUCGUUUGGAGCGGUGGCAUGAAUUGUUACGCUCAGGAGAAAGUGGGCAAAAUGAAUUAUUUGAAAAAAUAGGGGACACACUAAUUCAAGUCGGAAUCCAUUUGGGAGCUAUAGAAGCUUAUAAGGCUAUUGACGAACCCUUCGCGCAAAAAUGUAAACGAUACGCCGCUGUGUGCGGCUCAAUUGCAGAAACGUAUGCUGAUCUAGCAGAAUACGUAGAGGCAGAAAUCUGGUAUCUGAAAGAAGUUACUUAUAGAAACGAAGAUGAUUACGAGGAAUUAUGCAGUGUCUACCUGUCACUGGUCAACUGUGCGCUGAAGCAAAAAGAUCAGGAAAAGCUUCUCAACUUUGGCCGAAAAGCAACGGAAAAUGCAACGAAAUGCCGCCAGGGCUCCAUCAGAAAGAACGUGUACGACAAAUUGGCUAAAGCGUACUGUGAAAUCGGGCUGAACUCCGAUGCGGAAUCGCUGUCGAGUGCACUGUCCCUCCAACUUGGCGAGAGUUCAGAAGAUGACGACAAUGCUGAAGGUUCGACGCCAGAUUCGGGUUCAGAGUCAUCUGUGAACCUUUCCGACCUGUCACUCGAGGCUCCGUCGGAUGAACUGGAGGGAAGCGGAGGUUCACUUAGUACAAACGAUGCCAGAGGAACUCGUACGAUAACGCGUAGGCUGGCCUUUGAGAAAAGAAAUGGUCUAGGAGAGACACUGCUUCAACAGGAAUGCAUCAAAGGAAACCUGAGCAUGGUCAACAAGCUGAUCGCGCAAGGAUCUGAUGUGAACUCGACGGAUAAUGGAGGAUUAUCAUCGCUUCACGAUGCAGCGAAUCACGGGUUCCUGGAGAUUGCCAAGGCAUUAGUGGAAGCCGGCGCGCAGGUCAAUAGAGAAGGAAAAGAUAAUUCGCACAGAAUAACGCCUCUUCAUUCAGCUGCGGCAGGAGGAAACUACCUGAUUGUGUCAUAUCUCCUUGACAAAGGAGCCAACGCUAAAGCCUUGACUAUCCGUGGACAGACUCCAUUUGACGUACUUGAGGCUUGCGAAACCCAAGAUGAAGUGUAUAUGUCUGUGCGUGAAAAACUGCAGGCUGCUGAUAUUGAAGUGCGUUACCUUAAGACUCUGAUUCGGCGACGUUAUCAGCAUAUCACAGCUCCAUCUCCUUUCAUUCAAAGUUCAGGGGGAGCUUCUGAGCCUGUUAUAAUUGAGGAUGACCUACCUCGACAUGCACAAACACGAAGGAAAAAACAAAGACGGCUAGAUGACGUUGUCGUACGCUCAAAACGGCCAAGAAUUGACGAUGCCCAACCUGUCGAUACCAGUGAACACGAUCUACCCACAAUAGCUUCAAUUCCUUUUCAAAAACAAACUAAAGGAAACAGGCACCAACAUACUCCGCCGCCAGCAUCAAAAGUAAAAAAGCGAUCUAUGAUGCGAAACAUAAGCGAUGAUUCGAAUAGCUCGCAAGAAAACGAUGACCAUGCAGUUCGGGAGGCUUUUGAUCGAACACUAAUGUGCAGCACACCUACAAAAAACGGAAGAAUUUCCCCUAAAGAAGCAACAGUAGAUCUUGAUAUCCUCAAUGCGACAUUAACGGAUGGGCACACGACGAUUGAAAAAAAAAGUUCAUCAUCGUUAGGUGUUUGCAGUUAUACUGAACGACCGACAGUGAACAUUGCAAACUUCAAUAACACGCCCGUUCACCUGGUGAGAGUUCGCGUAGAAGACCGCCUUCUGUCGAUCCCCUUACCAAAAGACUUUUCAACACUAACGAUUGCUUAUCUGGAACAGCAGGCAGCCGACAGAUAUCAGACAAUCGAGGGAACUAAACCCGUCGUUAAUAUUGCUUUAGAAGACGGAGCACUACUCUGCUCUUCAGAUCCGAUUAUGUGUAUUCAGGGUAUACCAGUUCUUAAAGGUAUAGUAGUGUCGUGGAAUGUACCUCCCUUGGAUGAACGUUUUAGGGUUAAAAUCGGUGAUCAAUUAGCGGGCAAAAAAAUUCUAGCUCGCUGUCAAGCUGCCACCGCGUUAGGCAAAUUGGAACUGGAUCAUAUGAAAAUUCCGCAGGAGCUAAUGGUUGUGCUCAAACACGAAGUGCAUUUACAUACAUUGCAUCUAAGCUUUGUUCAUGUGGACCCAAAUGCGCUAUUGGCACUUAUUGAAGUUUUCACCAAGCUUAAAAAUUUGAAAGUUCUUCAUUUAAUUGGGUGUAAUUUUCGAGGAAAACAGUUGUGCGAUCUGUUGGGAAAAUUCGGAAGCUCCGAAUUGGAGGAGCUUGACUUGAGUUACAAUUUCGUUGAUCAAUUUUUUGCCAACCUUAUAAGCAGCACCUUGCCUAAAAUACUUACAGCGUUACGGAAGAUUCGACUCGCAUCGUGCGGAAUUCAAGACACAGCAAUAAUUGAAGCGCUUAAACAUUUUCCUCUAACUACAGUUGAUCUUUCCUGCAAUCCACUAGGAAAGUUAGGAAUCGACUCUGUAGUUUCGUUGAUUCAAAAUAUGCCCUGCCUGAAAGAGCUAGAUAUCAGCAAUUGUUUAGCUGAAUGUACAGGCCAAUAUUUUGCCUCGAUAUUGCAAAAAUGUCUACACCUGAAGGUGCUAAAGGUGAAUGGCCUUAUUCAGACUUCGCCUAUUUUACCACACUUUGACGUAAGUGCGUGCAACCAUUUGCUACAGCUUCAUUCCAAAGGGAAUCCCGCAAUGAGUGGGAAGACCCUUACUACUUUUCAAAAUGCCCUUGGACAGGUGAUCAUUUCGUAGGUUGAUUUAGUUGAA